AAGUUGUGCAGUUUGACUGUGAAGGAAGCAGCAGGAGGAGUAAAAGUUUAUGUGAUUGUAAAGGAAACAUAAUGAUUGACUUCAUCACUGGGGAAAAGAGAAGGAAGCACAGAGAUCUGGGUCAGAUCAGUGAAGCAGGACUGAAAGCAGCAACGACCUGAUCAUAGUGUAAUAUUGAUUAUUAGCAAUAAUGAUGAUGAAACCUUUAUUCCUAAAAUCCUUCUCUUGCAAACGGCUGAUAUAUGUCUCCCUGCUCUGGGUUGUAACAGUGAACUCUACGACAGCAGAACCAAUAAAAACUUCAUCAGUAGAACCCAAAGAACCUGUUCCUGGGAUUGUAGCCAAUGUUUCAGUGGUGAAUCAGAACACCAGCAGUUUAACUCUGAAGUGGAACAAAGUUAAUAACAUCUCAACAUAUAAACUGGAAUAUGAAGAAAAUGGAGUUCCUGUCAUGAAGGACAUCAAUAAUGCAGAUGCAGUUGUUCAAUAUGAGGUUGUUGAUCUGACUGCUGGGACAGAAUAUAAUUUCACUGUCUUCACUGUGUUGAAUGGAGUCAGCAGCUCUGGAUUCUCAUUCUCUGCUGUUAAAGCUCCUCAUAAUGUAGCCAGUGUUUCAGUGGUGACCCAGAGUGUUAACAGUUUAACUCUGCAGUGGGACAAAGUUGACUUUACCUCAACAUACAGACUGGAAUAUAAAGUCAAUGGAGGUUCUGUCUCCCAGGACAUCAGUGAUUUUUCUGGAGCUACAUUUAUACAACAUGUGGUUUCUGGUCUGACUGCUGGGACACAAUAUAAUUUCACUCUUUUCACUGUGGCCAGUGGAGUCAGCAGCUCUGGAUUCAUAGUCUCUGCUGCUACAGCUCCUGAUAAUGUAGCCAGUGUUUCAGUGGAGACCCAGAGUGUUAACAGUAUAACUCUGAAGUGGAACAAAGUUAACGGCAUCUCAACAUAUAGACUGGAAUAUGAAGUCAAUGGUUCUCCUGUCUCUCAGGACAUCAGUGAUUUUACUGGAGAUACAUUUAUACAACAUGUGGUUUCUGGUCUGACUGCUGGGACACAAUAUAGUUUCACUCUUUUCACUGAGGCUAAUGGACUCAGCAGCUCUGGAUUCACAUUUCCUGCUGCUACAGCUCCUGAAAAUGUAGUAAAAGUCGAAGUGGUGACCCAGAGUGUUAACACUAUAACUCUGAAGUGGGACAAAGUUGAUGGCAUCUCAACAUACAAACUGCAAUAUGAAGAAAAUGGAGUUCCUGUCAUUAAGGACAUCAAUAAUGUUGAUGCAGUUGUUCAAUAUGUGGUUGUUGGUCUGACUGCUGGGACACAAUAUAGUUUCACUGUUUUCACUGAGUUGAAUGGAGUCAGCAGCUCUGGAUUCUCAUUCUCUGCUGCUACAGUUCCUGAUAAUGUAGCCAGUGUUUCAGUGGAGACCCAGAGUGUUAACAGUAUAACUCUGAAGUGGGACAAAGUUAAUGACAUCACAACAUACAGACUGCAAUAUAAAGUCAAUGGUUCUCCUGUCACUAAGAACAUCAAUGAUGCUGCUGGAGAAACAUUUAUACAAUAUGUGGUUUCUGGUCUGACUGCUGGGACACAAUAUAGUUUCAUUGUUUUCACUGAGGCCAAUGGAGUCAGCAGCUCUGGAUUCUCAUUCUCUGCUGCUACAGCUCCUGAAAAUGUAGUAAAAGUCGAAGUGGUGACCCAGAGUGUUAACACUAUAACUCUGCAGUGGGACAAAGUUAAUGACAUCUCAACAUAUAAACUGGAAUAUGAAGAAAAUGGAGUUCCUGUCAUGAAGGAAAUCAGUGAUGCUGCUGGAGAAACAUUUGUACAAUAUGUGGUUGUUGAUCUGACUGCUGGGACACAAUAUAAUUUCACUAUUUUCACUCAAGCUAAUGGACUCAACAGCUCUGGAUUCAUAUUCACUGCUGCUACAGCUCCUGAAAAUGUAGCCAAUGUUUCAGUGGAGACCCAGAGUGUUAACAACAUAACUCUGAAGUGGGACAAAGUUAAUGACAUCUCAACAUACAGACUAGAAUAUGAAGUCAAUGGUUCUCCUGUCAUUAAGGACAUCAGUGAUGCUACUGGAGAAACAUUUGUACAAUAUGUAGUUUCUGGUCUGACUGCUGGGACAAAAUAUAGUUUCACUGUUUUUACUGUGGCCAAUGGAGUCAGCAGCUCUGGAUUCAUAUACUCUGCUGCUACAGCUCCUGUAAAUGUAGAAAGUGUUUCAGUGGUGACCCAGAGUGUUAACAGUUUAACUCUGCAGUGGGACAAAGUUGAUGGCAUCUCAACAUACAAACUGCAAUAUGAAGAAAAUGGAGUUCCUGUCAUUAAGGACAUCAAUAAUACAGAUGCAGUUGUUCAAUAUGUGGUUCCUGGUCUGACUGCUGGGACACAAUAUAGUUUCACUGUUUUCACUGAGGCCAAUGGAGUCAACAGCUCUGGAUUCUUAUUCUCUUCUGCUACAGUUCCUCUCAGUGUGACGUCGGUCCGAGUUUCGGAGCGUUUAGUGGACAGAGUAACUUUAGAGUGGGAGAAUCCCAAUGAAGCCUGGAAACACAUCCUGAGUGUUAAUGACACAAACGCAUCUAUAACCCAGAAGACGACGAGGACAAAUGUUGUGUCAUAUAGGAUCUCCAACCUCCAGCCUGGGACGAUGUAUCAGUUCAGCGUGAUCACAGAGUUCUCUGGACUGAAGAGUUCUGCUUACACCGAUCACACAUUAACACAAAUCGACUGCAGUGCCGUAUCCUGGAGUGUCACCAACUCAUCAUCCCAGGGAACAGUUGAAGGCUUGUUCUCCAAAGCUUCGGCCUCUAAUGGAUCUGAAACUCUCAUCAGUCCUGAAGGGAAAAACGUGAAAUUUUCUGGUCUCUUUCCUGGAGCAACAUAUCAGAUUUCUCUGCAGUAUCAAACAUCGUCUCAACUUUAUCCACAGUGUAGCAUCAAGAUACCCAUCAUUCCUCCUUCUGUAGCUCCAGCCUGCAGCUACUGGGGUUCUGGCUACAGCGCUCUGGUUAAAUGGGACGAACCGGUUGGUGUGUGGACGGCAGCUGAGCUCAACAUAAACGGAAAAACUCUCACUUUUCAUCCAAAUGACAAUGAGCUCAUUGUGAACGGACUUCAACCGGCCAAAACGUAUAAAGUCUCUGUGAUUUCAAAGCUGGAAACAGAAGCUGAUCCCUUAAGAUCUGAACCAUUUGUUUUUAUCUGCUCCACUGAUAACAGAGGAGUCAUUGGAGGAUCUGUGGCCGGUGUUCUGCUUUUUGCUCUUCUCAUCUGUGUCGUUGUAUUUCUUUUCCUUAAAAAGCCAAAUAUUAUCAGCAGAAAAAAGUCUUUCCUCCCUGGAUCCAAAAAGCCAGAGUCAAAGGGGAAACUCAUCCCUGCAGCCAAAUUCCCAGACCACUACCACCAGCUGAGUUUGGAUGAAAACCGAGGUUUCAGUCAGGAAUAUGAGUCCCUCGCUCCUGCUGGCACAAACCAAACCCAAAAAGCUGCGACUCUGCCAGAAAACAAAGGGAAGAACCGCUUCACCAACAUCCUUCCUUAUGAUUGGAGUCGAGUGAAACUAAAUACAUCAACUCCAAACGAUACCUUGGACUACAUAAAUGCUAAUUACUUACCAGGCUACAGCAGCAGCAGAGAGUACAUCGCCUGCCAGGGUCCUCUGCCCAACACGCUGGCUGAUUUCUGGAGGAUGGUUUGGGAGCAAAAAGUCAAGAGAAUAGUCAUGGUUACCAACUGCGUUGAAGCAGGACGGACCAAAUGUGAGCAAUACUGGCCUGAAGGCCCGAACCCUUCAACUCAUGGGGAUCUGAUUGUCUCCAAAACGUCUGAGCAGAGAGAGUCCAACUGGGUCCUGAGGGAGUUUAAACUGAAACAUACGAAGGAUGCAGAGGAACGGAUGGUGAAGCAUUUCCACUUCACUGCCUGGCCUGACCAUGGAGUACCUCAGGGCACAGAAGUCCUGAUUCGUUUCAGAGGACUUGUGAGGAAACACAUAGAGAGUGAAGGGAGCAAAGCACCAACCGUGGUUCACUGCAGUGCCGGGGUGGGCCGGACGGGCACCAUCAUCGCCCUGGACGUCCUGCUGCAGCAGCUGCAGCAGGAGCGGGCCGUGGGCAUCAACAGCUUCGUCUCCAAGAUGAGGCAGCAUCGAUCUCACAUGGUGCAGACGGAGUCCCAGUACGUGUUCCUGCACCAGUGCAUCAUGGACAGCCUGCAGCCGCCCGGCGGCCAGGAGGAGAACAUUUACGAGAACGACGACUUGAUAUACGUCAACGCCACGGCGCUGCGACAGCUCCGCUGACCCGGCCGGCGGAACCGGGACCAGCCCAGCACUAAGACUUGAUGGACAUGAUGACGAGCUGAUAGUGUCAUUAUACUCUGAACAUGAAGCACAUUUAUACAUGGUGUUCAUACUGUAUAGAAAUGCUUUUGUAGUUUACAUCUGCCGGUUUGUUAUUUUGCUGCCUUAUGUUAUUAUUAUUAUUAAAUCUUAAUAUCCUUCAAAUGACCAGAGAAUGUUAGAAAUUUUAU